AUGACUGGUGGCAGCAACAGCUCCUCCUCCUCCUUGUCUUCUUCUCUCUCAUCCUCCCUCACUUCUUCCAACAUCAAACACAAUCUUCCCAUUACUCUAGACAUGGACACCGUUCAAUACUCCACGUGGGCGGAGUUGUUCAAGAUCCAUGCGCGUUCUAGUUGUGUCAUUCAUCAUAUUAUACCGUCGGCUACCACCACACCUCCUCAAACUGAUGAGGAAAAGGAGGAGUGGUCCACCAUUGAUGCCACGGUUUUAAAGUGGAUUUAUGCCACGAUUUCGGAUGACUUGCUCAACGCCAUCCUUGAGCCGGAUUCUACUGCCAAGGAAGCGUGGGAUCGCCUUCGUGAUAUCUUUCAAGAUAAUAAAAUGUCUCGUGCGGUCACCUUAGAGCAAGAUUUCUCCAACCUUACUAUGGAGGAUUUUCCAAAUGCAUCAUCCUAUUGUCAACGCCUAAAAAUGUUGGCUGAUCAGUUGAAGAAUGUUGGUGCGCCGGUAUCUAAUAAUCGUCUCGUGUUGUAA